GGAACUUCUAGAGUUAACGGGAAUCGCCUAAUCUCUCCGAUUAGGCCUCUAGAGCUGGAGCGAAACUCCGGUAACUUCACUGAAUCCCUAUCGUUAGCAGGUAAGGCAGUCAUAUCAUACAUACCUAACGAUGUCUGAUCCGUCGUUGGGUGCUACCGAUGGUAGUGUUACGGCCAAGCGAAAGCGCGACAGUACCGAUAGCACCGGUCCAGAUGCCCAGCGUCUGAAUCGAUCUUCCAAUGGGAGCAACGGCAGCAUUCCCGCCCCAGAUACUCAGCCGAACUUCGCCCAUAGCUCUCUUGGAUCCUAUGACACGCAUCUUCCAAGUGCUACGACAGAACUCAACAUCGACCAGCAAAUCCUGCAACAUGUUGGUCCCCAAAACGGUAUCUCGGAUGAUAACGCCCUCACUGCUAAGGCGGCACUCGCCGCCCACACCCCUCAGAACAAAUACCCGCCUCCCCCUGAUGCGACCUUUGACAACAAUCUCGCCCAUGGCUUGACGUUUGGAGACGAUAUGGGCCAGGCUAUCGGCUCCGCACAUGGUCACAAUUCUACUGCUGCCGCCGUCUACGCUGCUCGCGAAGCUCAGAGCAUGAAUCAGAAGCCUUCUGUAGGUUCUCCUGAAUGGCAUCAGAUUCGGAAAAACAAUCACAAAGAAGUGGAGCGGCGACGCCGUGAGGCGAUCAAUGAGGGCAUCAAUCAGAUCGCUCGCCUUGUCCCCAACUGUGACAAGAACAAGGGUGCCAUUCUGCAACGCGCAAUCGAAUAUAUAUGCCAACUACACGAAGAAAAGAAAGCCAUGAGUGAACGUUGGGAUCAGAACAAUAUGACCACGAGCCAUGCAAUCAACGAAAUCAGCUCGCAGAACUCCAAACUGAAGAUCGAAGUCAACCGUCGCGGUGACAUUGCGCUGAAGUGGCUGCAGCGCUGCCGCGACGCAGGUCUCGAUUUCGAAGACUACGAAGACUCGAAGGAGCUGGAGCCCCUUGACAUUGACCAAGGCCAGGUUUAAUCUCGACUAACGUGCAUUACUGUGCGUACAGAGAAUGUAGUGUGAGAAUCACUGCAUUAUCUCGUUUCUUUAUAUUCACAUGUGCUACGACUUGUUUACCUUGGGAGGCAUGAGACAGCACCGAUCUUGUCGCUUGCUAUCCUCUUCCUU